AUGAUCUCCAUAUCUGCAAUCUCAGUGGGCUCUAAUAUCUUCUUUUCCUUCGCUCUUCUCACCAUCUCAAUUCUUGUCUUGCUCCUUCUACGGCGUUUCCUUACCUUGCGAGCCACGCCAGCGUACCUUACCGUACCCGUUUUCCUCGCGCUCGCACUGCCCGCUAGCGUAGUACUUUUGGUGCCUAUUGAUCUAGCGUCGAGCUCGCGUGACGGGGGAGGGCCCAAAGCCAUUUGGCUACCUGAUCGUUUGAUUCUGGUGUCCUGGCGCAUUGCCUACUGGCUAAUAUUUGUGCUAACCUGGGCUAUUCUCCCACUGCUUGGAGAAUAUGUUGACUCUGGCUACCGCGACCCAAAAGCUCGCAUCGAGUACUCUCUCCGCUCCAACGCUCGGUAUCAGCUAAUUGUGUUGUGUUGUGCGAUUGUGGGUCUAAUCUACAUAUCUAUUCAGAAUGGUUUCGAUUUUACAACCAUAAAGGCCCUAGUCAUGGCUCUUGCAUAUGUAUGGGGUCUUGUCCUUGCGAUCUAUCUCAUGGGUCAUGGUCUUGUUUCUAUUCCUCGCACGCUAUUUCGCAAUGCCAACGUGAGCGGUCGGCUCCGCAGAAUCCAAGCUUAUGCGCCCCGACUGCAUGACCGUCUGAUGGACGCGAUCACCGAUCUGGAGUGUCUUGAAUCACAGGUCUCUCAACUGCAACGGCGCAAGACUGGCAGUGCUCUGGAAUUCAAAGAUUGGAUCGAAGAUCUGGCUGAGACGUCCAAUUCCUCUGAGCAGCGAACCCCACUUCUUGAACCUUCAGACGUGUCCACUACAAUCCCAGCCGUUAUCACGGCGCGAUAUAUGGCUGAUUUAACGAGACGUCUUCAGCGCACUCGACACCUAAAGGCUCGCUUUAUUGACGAGUGGGAUCGCUUAGUGUUGACAGCUGCCGACUUGCAAGCUAUCAUCAACUCAUCCGCAUCAAAAAAGCUUGAGUUUAGUCAUUCACCCCAUCGCGCAACGUUCCUUGCACGUCAGAAGAUUCUGAACCCCUACAUGCGGCACCACCUCUACGUUAAUGUAAUUCCGAACAUCCGGCUUCUUUUCGGCGUGGUCUUUGCCGCCGCAUCUGUGUGUGUUAUCUGGUCAGAGUUAAUUAAGUCAUUGGCGCCGCGGUUGUCAGUCGUGACUCUUUCCAUAGUCGGCUAUCACCAAGACCCAGCACCAGUAGGGUUCGGGAGACAAGUGACCGCCUCUGCUUGGCUGUUGUACAUGUGCUGGGCCGCAUUGGCGGGUGUAAACGAUGCUAAAGUGUGGGGCAACCGUGCUCUAGUUCGCCGCAACACUUACGGCGAAAGCGCUUGCUGGUACGCGGGGCUAGUCGCUAGGCUUACUGUGCCAAUCGCAUACAACUUUUUAACAUUCCUGCCGAUGAGUGUCCGGGAGAACACCACCUUCUACCGUUUUCUUGGACGGUUCAUUGAUUUGACACCGCUUGGGAAGGGGUUUGAUUAUUUCUUUCCCAUCUUGAUUCUCGCACCGGUCUGUGCUACCCUCUUCAAUCUCUAUGGCCGAGUGAAAAACAUCUGUGGGUUUGGUCUCUUAGAGGAGGAAGAUGAGGACUUAGAGAACAAUCCUAGCGGCUAUGGCAUAGGUGGCUGGCGUGAAGGUCGUGAUCUGAUUGAACGGGAGCUCACCGGCCUUGGAUCCCUGACACUAUCUGCUCGUGAUCGGUCUCCCCAGCCAUCCAGCCGUACUGAGGAGGGCACCAAUGCCUUCUCGUCCUCACGGACGCCUCGGGGCGAAGCUAUCCGACCUUCACGGCCACCCCGUGGAGCCGCCACAGCAUCCACUGUGGUUACGGAGGAAGAUGAUGAAGAAAAUUUCUUCCAAUCGUUUGCUCACCGGGUGAGAAACACUUUUGAUACGGCCAAUAAACCUCAAUGGUUGCAGAGCGACGCAUUCCGACUUCCAAGAUGGAUGGGAAGCGAAGGCGCCGAAGGGAACAACGGACUUGCCAGAUGGUUUGGUGGUCGACCAGCGCCUGGUGGGUCCUUUGUGGGCGAGUCUUGUGCAUUUUACUUGGCUUACAUUAGAAACAAACUUCCCACUUCCCUCAACACCCUCCAAGACAGAUUCGUCACGACCUUUCUCUCUGCUGAUACGCCUUUGUCCUUGCGCUCCCUUACUCCCCCGCCAACCUGGAUCGGUGAACACACUUUCGCCGCCGAUAAUUUCACACUUGCUGUUACCAUCCUUGCUUGCGCAAUAGCAGUUGUCAUCAUGUCCUGGCACGCUCCAUUCAGCAACUUAUUCCGUCGUUCCCCUCAGUAUUCUUCCGUCUCCAACACCCCGCAGGUCAAUGAUAGCGAUUACAGUUAUAUCACUCCCAAUGACAUUGUCGAUCAUCCGUCAGGCGCAUAUAGGAACCAAGGCGACACUGAGCCAGACACGCUUCUCCUUAAACACAAGAGGACCGCAUAUCAAUUGAACUUCCCGGCAUACGCCAUCAAUGAUGGGAAGCUCAGUGUUGGUGACUUGAGGCGACGAGCUGCGGAAGCGACAGGCAGCCCCGACCCAAAACGAGUCAAGCUGCUUUACAAGGGCAAGCUACUAGACGAUGAUAACGUUCCUUGCCGAACCGAGGGACUGAAGCAACAAUCGGAGGUGCUGUGCGUGGUAUCGGAGGUGGGGGAAAACACCCCUAGCGAAGGGUCUGAAGCGGAGGAUAUGGCCAGCGACUCGCUGCGUCCAGAUGAUGCGCCGCGCCCGAAGAGGAUCCGGAACCGAAAUAAGAACAAGAAGAGCAAGAAUAAGAAUAAGAACAAAAACACUCCAACAGAUACUGGUGCUGCCGACCAGAAGCCUUCUCCAUCCCCUAACCGGUCGAUGCUGCCCCCGCCGGCUCCCAACCUGAAAGCCUUCAAAACCCCAUUGGAGCAAGUAGAGGCGCUUCUGGCCUAUUUUCAAACUGAGCUGUUGCCGCUUUGCAAAGAAUACGCUACCAAUCCGCCGGCCGAUGCCAAUGCGCGCGAUUUCGAGCACAAGAAGCUGAGCGAGACGAUUUUGGCGCAAGUCAUCCUGAAAGCAGAUGGCAUUGAGCCUGAUGGCGAUACAGAUGCUCGGAAUGCGCGCAAGGCUCUUAUCAAGGAAGCACAGACCGCUCUCACUAACCUUGACCAGGUGGCGAAGUUAUGA